GAUUCAAUGAGGUGGGGAGUGCGCGGAUUCCACAGCGAUCCAGUGGACUGACGUCUCUCCUGCAGCGCAGAGGAACACCGCAGCCGCUCAUUUCGCAGACUUCAGUGAAGCCAGGCAGUCGACUGGCUUCCCCCCGCAGAGCUACAGGAGGAAGAAGCAACACAGAUUAGAACGCAACUUUAGCCGCGACAAAACUGCCAUUACCCAGUAUGUUCAACCUUCGGAAAUCUCCGCGUUGGCAAGCUUGCCCGGACACUGUUUGAUUUUCCUGGGAGUGCAGGCGCUUCUCCUCCGUCGAUCUUUCUUUUUUAGGAGAGGAAGUGAAGGAAUAACCGUAUUUCUGCCUUCUUUUUUGUUCAUGUAAAAUAAAAGGCAACCAUUUCUAUUCUGGAAUAAUGUGGACCUCCCAGGAUACUGUUGGAUUUAUUAUCUUGGCCGGAUUUUGUGUUCAUAUUGGAUUCUCCUUUGAAGGUCGCUUCACGGAUCUGCCCUCCAACAUGACGGUCAAAGAGGGACAGAAUAUAGAAAUGGCGUGCGCUUUCCAGAGCGGAACUGCGUCUGUGUAUUUGGAGAUCCAGUGGUGGUUCCUGAAAGCGCCGGAGCCCACUGACAGCGAGGAAGACGUGGAAGCUCAAGAGAUGGAGAUGAUACCCGAGCCAGAUCCUGAUGAUGAAGGGACAAAAAUAAGUACGGUGAAAGUCCAGGGCAACGACAUUUCGCACAAACUGCAGCUCUCCAGAGUGAGCAAGAGCGACGAAGGGCUGUACGAGUGCCGGGUGACGAGAGCCAACUACGGAGAGAUUGUGGAGUACAAAGCCCAAGCUUGGCUGAAGGUCAAUGCAACAGCUAGACCCCGAAGACCACAACAACCCCCCAAGAAGAGCUCCCCCCUGCACCUGACAGACAAGAAGCCGAGAAAGUCCAGCUCACCUGCGGGCCAGGACAACAUGAGUUCAGACCAGAGGGUGACCUCCACAUCCACCUCUCACACAUCCUCCAAAACAGCUACACACAACCACGGCUCAGGUAAGGCCCGGUGUGAGUCUUUGGCAGUCUUCUGUAGAAAAAAAGUCAAAACAGACAUAAAAAUAGAUAAAUGCCUCUCGGUGGCUGCUCGGGCAGCCUCAGCCACCUUCACGGAGCAGCAAGAGCUGUUCCGGUUGAAAGCAGCAGAGUUCUAUUACUGCCGCUCUCAGCAAAGCUCAGAGGUGACCGAGGCUGAUCAUGGGGAGGUAAGCGGGGAAGAAGAAAGCAUCCCUAAAGCCAGACUUUUAGCUACCCUCAAGGUUCACCUCAUAACAUCCCAACCUCCCACCCGAACUGUGACCAGAAACAGCCCACGCCACUUGGACUGCAAUAUACAGCUGAAAGCUGGGAGCAAUAAAAGCACUUUAUCUAACAGUGAAAAUGCUCUCUGCAGGGGAGAGAGUUAUCAGGCAGGUGUGCCCGGUCAUCCCCACACCAAGGCCCCGUCGCGGCAGCAGUGGCAGCCAGGACCACCCAACAUGGUAUCGCAGAUAGAGAAAAACCGCCCGCCGGUCAAUCACAUCCGCCACCCAGGCCAGGGCCAGCAGAACCACCAAGGGACCCCCAAUCGCCAAGGGACCCCCAAUGCCAGAGAGUAG